AUGAGUGCCCAAUACAUAUUGGCUGGCAUCGCAGCCGCAGGACUAGCGUUUUGGUAUGAUUUCAAGAGCUGGCAAAGCUUCGGAACCGGAGGCACGCCACCCACGUUGGAAGGCUACAUCAAGAUCCGGCGAUGGGGACUUUACCUGCUAUACACGCGCCAAAACCUUCUAGAUGCGUCACCCAUUCCUGACUCAGGGAUAUCCUACAUAAAACCGCAGAAGGUUCCAAAUCGCGUUGGCCGUAGACCUGGGCUCACGCGCUGGACACUGCCCCAACGCCAGUUUCCAGAAAUGAUAACACCCGGCGCCUCCGCUACACUUCACAAUCUGAUGCGGGAGUUUGCGCAUGCGAAGGCCUACUCGAAGUAUAUCGAGACAGGUCCAAGUAAGACUGAGGGCGGCACUGGGUCAGCCAUCUACGUCAAACCAGAUGUUAAGACUAUCAACCCCGUCGCACACAAGAUCUUCUUCGAAGUAGCGCACGUACACCCAGCAGAAAAUUCAUUGCAUGUGUACGUAAGCCCACAAGACGCGAAGCUGGUGAUGAAGAGGGGCUGGGGACAGCGCUUUCCCGUAACUUGGUUGGCGCCGCCGAGCUGGAUCAUGGUAUAUGCGCCAAGGAACGAAGACGAAGUUGAGAUUGUGAGGGAGAUAGUCCGGGCUGCUGUAUGUCAUGCAGUUGGGAUGGAUGUCGAUGCUGAAGUAUAA